ACAGCCGCGGCCCGGGCGCACGGCGCGGGGCGGAAAAGCCUGUUUACACAGACUGCACACCGCCUGGGGAAUAAUGCAGUAAAGGAAGUGAGCAGGCUCGGCCUGACUGCUCCAACUUCCUGCUCUCACACACACCAGAGGGGGGGGGGCUUGAAAAAAAAAAGGAGCGAGAGAAAGAAAAAAAAAGAGGGGGGAAAAUCAGGAUCUCAUUACAAGAGCAACAGACCGUCUGCAGACGCCUGUCAGCAUGGAAAGUCGGGGGCUUUCGCCCGGGUCCUCCUAGAAAUCUCCCCAAGAAGACUCCCAAACGCUCCCCCACAUCUGGGUAUGGAGAGUGCAAUCACGCUGUGGCAGUUCCUUUUGCACUUGCUGCUGGACCAGAAACAUGAGCACCUCAUCUGCUGGACAUCUAACGAUGGCGAGUUCAAGCUCCUCAAGGCGGAAGAAGUGGCCAAGCUGUGGGGCCUCCGCAAGAACAAGACAAACAUGAACUACGACAAGCUCAGCAGAGCGCUGAGAUACUAUUACGACAAGAACAUCAUCAAGAAAGUGAUUGGGCAGAAGUUUGUGUACAAGUUCGUCUCUUUCCCGGAUAUCCUAAAAAUGGAUCCUCAUGCCGUAGAGAUCAGCCGGGAAAGCCUCCUGCUGCAGGACAGUGACUGUAAGAUGUCCCCAGAAGGCCGGGAGGUCCACAAGCAUGGCUUGUCCUCCCUCAAAAGCGCGAGCCGCAACGAAUACAUCCACUCAGGCCUAUACUCGUCCUUCACCAUCAACUCCCUGCAGAACACUCCAGAGGCCUUCAAGGCCAUCAAGACAGAGAAGCUGGAGGAGCCCUGUGAUGACAGCCCCCCUGUGGAAGAAGUCAGGACUGUGAUCAGGUUUGUGGCCAAUAAAACCGACAAGCACAUCACCAGGCCUGUGGUGUCCCUGCCUUCCACAUCCGAGGCUGCGGCGGCAUCCGCUUUCCUGGCCUCGUCUGUCUCAGCCAAGAUCUCCUCUUUAAUGUUGCCAAAUGCUGCCAGCGUUUCAUCUGCGUCACCCUCUUCAUCUCGGUCCCCAUCCCUGUCCCCCAAUUCUCCCCUCCCUUCCGAACAUAGAAGCCUCUUCCUGGAGGCAGCCUGCCAUGACUCGGAUUCUCUGGAGCCCCUAAAUCUGUCAUCGGGCUCCAAAACCAAGUCUCCAUCUCUUCCCCCAAAAGGCAAAAAACCCAAAGGCUUGGAAAUCUCUGCACCCCAACUGCUGCUCUCCGGCACCGACAUCGGCUCCAUCGCCCUCAACAGUCCAGCCCUCCCCUCAGGAUCCCUCACGCCAGCCUUCUUCACAGCACAGACACCAAGUGGACUGCUUCUGACCCCGAGUCCCCUGCUCCCCAGCAUACAUUUCUGGAGCAGCCUUAGUCCGGUCGCCCCUCUGAGUCCUGCCAGGCUGCAAGGGCCAAACACACUUUUCCAGUUCCCCACACUGCUCAACGGUCACAUGCCCGUGCCGCUCCCCAGUCUGGACAGAGCUCCAUCCCCAGUACUGUUGUCCUCCGGCUCCCAGAAAUCAUGAUGACGGCCGCCACCACUGUCAGCCACUAAGGACUCAGAACUGAUUGACGCCAGUUUGUCCCCAUGGACUAGUUUACCUGUGUCAUGAGAAGGACAUUGUGAAACCGGGUUAAUGUGGUUUGCACUUUUCGUAACACGGAUAAUCUAGAUGUAUUUUAGCAUUUAAAAAAAAGUUUUGGUUUUUUUAUAUAUAUAUAUUCAGCUCUCUAUGAAAGUCUGUUUUGCAUUAAGUGGAUUUUAAUGUUUGUGUUUUAUCCUGUUAGCUCUGGAGUGUUGAACACUGACAGUGAAGAGCCUUUCUUAAUGUUUUCAAUGUAACUAAUAAGGAUGUGAAGCUUUUUAUCGCUUUAAUUCUACACAUGCUGAACCCUGCUUGUAUACAUGAUGUAACCAGCUGUGCCUUCCUUUGCAUUUAGGUUUAUGUACAUGAAUUUAUGUAUUUCUAUUAUUGAGAGGAAAUGUUUGAAGGACACAUUAGCAUUGAACAGCUCUCUGUAGAGUGUUAUUUUCUCAUGUAGACACCAUCAAAGUGUGCUUCCAUCACAGGAAGAACUGCCUUAGGACCUCCUUUGAACUGAAAUCCGGUAAAUGUAAUGUCCAAGUAAUGUUUUUUUUUUUUUAUAAGAAUGAACGAAGCCAUAUUUAGACAAUAAACAUUCUUUAAAGAACAUGUUCCAAAGUGCAUUUUUUUAAAAAGAACUUUGAGAAGCCAGCUGCUUAGCCAUUUACAGAAGCCUUUCUAAUCCCGGCAGAAGUCUGGGAUGCUAAGACUGUGUUCAGUUCACACCAGCCAAACUCUCAAGGGGACUUCCCAGGUUUGUGUUUAAUUUUAAGAGACUAGCCCUGCUCUCCUCAUUCCCCACAACCACAACCAUCUAAUAUCUUCAUCACUACUGGGAGUUAAGGUUUCUUUAGAUUUCUGACAAUUAACAUUUAAAACCUAAUGUUUUUAGGGCUGAGGACAUAGCUCAGUAGAAUGUGUGCCCUACAUGGGUUAAGGCUGUGGAUUCACUCCCCAGUAAUCUGUCUCCCUGUCUCUCCCAAAAGGGGUGGUUGGGAAACAAACGAAGAAUGUUUUGGAAGAUACUUGCAGAUGGUGAAUUCGAACAGAGAAAUGUUUAUAUAAUACAGCUAUGUAUAGAUAUACUUCCUGUGUAUAGAUACAAUUUUUGAUGGAUUAAACCAAAUGCAUUACUGAGAACUGGAGGAACUGAAGGCCUCGCUUCUAAAGAUGAGCACCCAAGAGACACUGCUUUCUGUAUUAAAUAAAGAAUAAAGGGAAUCUGAUAAAGGAGAACUCUUCAGGAAUCUCACUCUGAAACGGAUGCAGCAGCUCCUCGGAUGCUCUGCAGGAAAGGCUUCAAGUGAUGUGGGUUAGGGCUGUGAAGGCAGCAUGUCUGUGAUAAAGGGCAAGUCCUAAGACUAUGGGGUCAAAGUACUUUCAACUCAAGAUGGGGGAGCUGAAACACUACUCAUCUACAAGUAUUAAAAAAACAACUGUGCCUCAACAGACUAGAUACUAAAUAAAGGAUUAUAAGGGGGUCAAAAAAAAUAAAGCUUGUGCAAAAAAUUUUGAAUUUUACACAAUCUAAAAUUAUGUUUAGAUACUUACUACCGAAAUUGGCUGUCUUUCUAAGAGGCGUGUGUCUUUACUAAGGGGAGAUACAGCCUUUGACUGUAAAGCCAUGAAGAUAGUUCCAAGCCCAUAAAUAAACACCCUGCCACUCCCUCACGGCAAAGAAUAAAUAUGUGCUAAAAUAAAAAAGGAGCUGGUUCAGGGGACUGUAAUUACUGAACACAGUGUCAGAGCCAGGAGGGAGGGGCUUUGAGAGUGCUGGCUUCCAGCUGUUCUCUGGUCAAGAUGGGCACCCAGGACCAGGUGGGAGAAGCUGGGAGCUGCCUGGGGCCACAGCCUUCACUGAGGGUAGAGCAGGAGUGUUUCAGAAUUUAAGGAAACACAAGGCUGAGUGUUUAAAACUGCUGGAUGAGGAUGCUUUUGAUAUGCAAGAUUCUUACAAAGAAACAAGCAAUUAAUGUGCAGGGAUUUCAACAAAAUGACCUCCUGCAGACUUUUAAACUAUAAACGCUGGUUGGAAAUGUUCACAUGACUGUAAGUCUGCCUGUUGGUUCCUUUUCUUCCAGCUACUGUGAAUUAUCCUGUAUUCUAGGUUAGAAAUGGAAAAACACUGUAUGUCAUUCUUGGUGUGUCCAAAUGCUGAAGUGAGAACUGAAGAAUGGAGAACGACAGCUUCACCGUCUUCUGUGUUAACAGGAUUAAUUCAUCCAGAAAAUGGGCACCAAAGAGCAUGCCGGCUCUUUCCUAUGCUUGUUUCAUCAGUGCCUAACCCCUGUGGCUGAGGCUGGAGCUCUAGAACCUCGCUGUGAGAGCUGAACUCCGUCUCUGCAUAGCUUUCCUUCGGCUGCAGAGCCUCCUUCCCUGCCACACGAAAGUCAUUUUUACUGUAAUAUUGUUUCGCUGAAUAAAUACUUUGUAAUAAAAAAGUGUU